AUGUCCGACGUGCACCUUUCGGGUGCGGCGGCGGCUCCGGAGCGCCUGGCGGCCCUGCGAGCGCUGCCCGUGCCCGGCCGCAGCGCGGUCUGCAGGAGCUUAUUCGGGCCGGUGGACCACGAGGAGCUGGGCCGGGAGCUGCGGAGCCGCCUGCGGGAGAUGGGCGAGGACGACCAGCGCCGCUGGGACUACAACUUCCACACCGACACGCCGCUGCCCGGGCCCGGCCGCCUGCGCUGGGAGGAGGUGGAGGGCGGCACCGUGCCCGCAUUCUACCGGGAGACGCUGCAGGUGGGCCGGCACCGCGUUCCCCUACGCCGUGCACCCCCGGCCCCGCCGUCCAUCGCCAAUAUCGCCGCCGCCAAAGCUCCGGGGGGGCCGGGGGCGCGCCUGAGCCGGGAGAACCGCGCCGCGCCCCGCCGACGUGCGCUACGGCCCCGACGGAGCGGCCCCACGACCCGUAUCACAGAUUUCUUCGCCAGGAGGAAAAGGCCGGCCGAGCCCAAAGCGGCGGCCGAGCGCCCCGCGGGCUGCCCGCAGCCCCCCGCCGCCGUGCCGGCUGAGCACACCCCCCGCAAGCGGCUCCGCUGAGCCAGGUGAGGAGCUCCGGGGAAGCCAAAGGGAGGGGCAGGAGCGGACGCAGCCUUAACCACGUCUCUCUCCCCUCGCUUCUAACUCCCCUCCUCCUCUUUAUCCCUUCAGCAUUUUGCACUACGGCACCCACGGGAGAGGCGCGCAGCCCGCAGGCGCCGUGCCCCGGAGUUGCGGGCAGCCGG